AACCAACCAAACGUCAAUCUUUCUGUCUGCUAUGAAGCAAGCGCUAUAUCAAAAAUCCAGGAUGAUUGUUUACAAUUACCUUCUUUGCAAUAAUGGCCGCACAUAGUAAGCGUAUUUAAUUAUUUUCUGUCUUCUACUUCAAGUCUAUUUAAUUUUGAAGAACUCUGCAAGCUGAUUGAACUCAGUAAAUGGACCGAUAAACAAGCAUGGCAGAAAUAGGGGAUGCAAAAAAAGAGGAGGAAAGUAAAAAGAUUGUUCAUACAUAUCCUUUGGUCAGGAACUGUGACAUGCUGGAUGAGAUGAAGUCGGAAGCCAUGGAGUUAUGUGUCACUGCCUGCGAGAAACAUGCUGCCAAUAAUGAGGCUGCAGCCAGAAUGAUCAAAGAAAUGAUGGACAAGAAAUUUGGACCCUCAUGGCAUGCGGUGGUGGGGGAAGGAUUUGGUUUCGAAAUCUCCUACGAGUGCAAAAGUUUACUCUAUAUGUUUUUUGGGGGAAAUGUUGCCAUAUGCAUAUGGAAAUGCUCGUGAAAUGGCAAUAUUCAUGUUCAGGUGCUUAAUUUCCACCUCAUUUUAUAUUUGAGUAUUUAAAUGAUGUUUUUUGUUGUGCAAUAAUUUGUGUACCAACUUUCUAUUGCGUUAGUGUACCAGGAAGAACGCUAUCAAGAAUGAUAUAAUCCUUUAUUUUUUCCCGAUUAAAUCUAUAAUUUCUCUUCUAGCCGAUUAAAUCAAUAACGAUUCAAACCAAAAAA